UAUCUGAACACCUUUAGGGCUAAUGACAUGGUGAUGACUCUGCACCAUGAAUCCGAAUGCAUCUUAUAAAUUUGUCCAUCUGGAUCAAGCAAGAAGGCAUCUCUCGCACUAGUAGAGAAUUGAGGAGCUUCAUCUCAUCCAAUGGAGGUACUCAACAGCCGCCGCGUAGUUGGAAUUCCUCUCAAGAAUCUCCAACAUGCCUCUGCAACAGAUUGCAGAAGAUUAACUCUUCAUUCGGCUUCGUGUGGCCGUUCACGAUACAAGCCAAGAAAGUCUGAACAUGUGGUCGACUGGAUGAACAAGUUCAGCAAGAAGGCAGAAAGUAUUUGUGAUCAUGUGAGUUUAGGCGCCAACUUUUCAGAAAUUCUGAAGGGAAAGUUCAGCCUGGGGGCUAAGAUCCUUCAAGCCGGAGGUCUCGAGAGGAUCUUUCGGAAGAAUUUCUGCGUCGAAAAGGGGGAGAAGUUGAGGAAGGCCUUCCAGUGCUAUCUGUACACCACUGCUGGUCCUAUUGCAGGGCUGCUCUUCAUCUCAAACAAGAAAAUUGCAUUCCACAGUGACAGAUCUCUCAGGCUCACUUCUCCAAAGGGAAACUUGACCAGAGUGCCCUACAAGGUUUUGAUUCCAGUUGGGAGCAUCAAGAGAGCCAUACAAAGUGAGAACUCCGAGAAGCCAAGUCAAAAGUACAUCCAAGUAGUUACAGUAGAUGACUUUGAGUUCUGGUUCAUGGGGUUCCUGAGCUACCAGAGAUCCUUCAAGUGCUUGAAACAAGCAGUUUCAGAUUCUCAAGUUGGAUAUCUGCAGCUGACUCAGUGAUCAAGUGGCCUGAGACUGUACCUUGAAUCUUUUCUUCUUUUGGUAGAUAGAGUGGAGAGUCUCACAGCUCCUUGUUGUUAUGGGACUGAAUACCCUUCAUUCAUCUAGUUUUGUAUAAAUAGAUGGGAUGGAGUGUUAUUUCACUCUUUCAAUGAACAGAGGAAUUGACAUGGAAACA